AUGACAUCCUCGUCCACCGCAGACAACCACAGUGAGGUUGCCGGAACAGUCGCAGCCUCGACCUCCAUCUGCGGCAGCCGCGAGGUAACCGCCUCGCUUCCGAUGGCGCUGCCCAUACUGAGGGGUACAAAGAAGGAAAAGACUGAGAAGGCGUUCUCUUUUAACCGGUACCCCAGUCGAAAGAUUGGCCUGCGGCUGGCAUAUCACGGCCACGUGCACGACGGCCUCGCAAAACAGAAGGAGACGGACAACACUGUCGAGGGGCUCGUGUGUGAUGCGUUGCGGCGAGUUCGGCUCAUCCCGGAGGACGGACCGCACAACUUUGGACGGUGCGGUCGCACAGACAAGGGCGUCAGUGCUCUUGGCAACGCCUUCUCGCUCACCGCACGCGCGUCGUGCACUGCAGACGCGGAUCCGCAGCUGCCUCCGCUGGACUAUUGCAGCAUGCUGAACAACGUCCUGCCCUCGACGAUUCGUAUUGUUGGCUGCGCGUUGGUCGAUGACCGCUUUGAUGCGCGCUUUUCCUGUGUCCAUCGUACCUAUCGCUACUACUUUUGCCACCGUGGGCUCAACCUGGCAGCAAUGCAGGAGGCCGCUGCCUUCUUCUUGGGAACGCACAACUUCCGCAACUUCUGCCAGAUGGACGUUGUGAAUGUGAGCAACUUCACGCGAACGGUGCUCUCGGUUGGGCUGCACCCGAGUGAGGAACUCCCAGAGCUGAUCUCCUACCUUGAGAUCACGGCAAACUCGUUCUUGUACCAUCAAAUUCGCUGCACCAUGGAGGUGCUGUUCCUCGUUGGCCGCGGGUUGGAGGCCCCUAGCGUGGUCCAGACAAUGCUAGAGCUAGGUGAUUGCAAGCCAACAUACCCCCUUGCAGACGGUACCCCGCUGAUAUUGUGGGACUGCGCCUUCGACAAUGUUCAGUGGCAGCUGUCCCACAGUGCGUUCCAGGCAGUUGAGCAGGUGCUGCAGGACAUUAGCACAGCGCUGCUUAUCCGCGCCACAUCAGCGGCUGCUAUGCGGUCCCAACUAUUCCGCUGGUACACCGGUACCGUAGACGUGUUUGCUAGGGAGAAGUUGGAGGAGGAGGACGCAGCCGGCAGAGUCCGCUCGUGCGCUGUUGUUCGACACGAUCCCGAGGUGCGGCGCCUGGAUGGGUGGUCCAUCACGGGGUGCGACUGGACAGAGUCGGGUACCUCUAGACGGAUGAAGGCGCGCAAGCGCGACCUGCUCUACUACAUCCGCACGGACGCUAACAAAGGGAAGCCCCCGUUGGCGACGACGAGCGGUGAGGCAAAGGCUUCCCCGGCAGCAGAAACCCGAGCGAGCACCCCGCUGAUGCCGAUGAACUACGUGCCUCUUUUGCAGCGUGAGACGGAGCGCACCUAUGAGGAGGAGGUGCGGGGGCUGAGCGACAAGAAGCGUGCGCGGUACGAAGUGAAUGAGGCGAAGAAGGCAGCCGGUGCCGCGGUGCAUAAAGAGAUGAUGAGUGAGGACUAA